ACACAGCUUCACGCGAGGCUUCCUGUAAGCCUCAGACACAGGCUGUGGUUACAAGUGGAAAAUGUCACUGGGCACUCACAGAAGAGAGAGGGGCGCGAGUGAGGAGACAGAAGGAUGAGCAACAGAGAGCGAGAGAGAGAGAGUUGCACAAGUGAGUGAGAUAGUGAUGUGCGAGUAGAAAAAACAGAGGGACAGAAAGAGACAGAAGAAAAAGGGCAUCUUUUAAACUCGUCUGUCCAGCAGAGGAGAGGAGAAUGUGGUUCCUCUCAGAGACCCCCCUGCUACCCUAACUGACCCGACGCUCAUGAGUCCUAUUGUGGUCAAGGCUAUGGAGAUCCUGGUGUCCUCAUACGUUCUGCUGGUUCUGGCUUCAGUGCACGCAGCCCAAUCUCACAAAGGCUCGCAAGGACUGUCCUGCGUAAAUGACUUUGUCAACAAUGUCAGCUGUACAUGGGACAGCUCUCCAGUGGCUCCUGGUGUGGACUGCUGGAUCGUUGGUGUGAAGACAACCUGGAUCUCUGAGAACAACCAGAAACUACGCGUAAAAAUGAGUCGAAGCUGCAAGCUAAAACAACACAGAAACUCUCCUCCAGGCUGCAGUUUUGUCUUUGAAAAUGAAGAAUUCAACAGUUUUUCAGACAUGCCCUACAUCAGCAUGCAGUGUAACGGGACGUUGGUGGAGAACAUCACAAACUAUUCACCAUACAAUCACAUCAAAAUGCAUCCUCCAGGAGUUCCCAAUGUCAGCAGUACUGCCAAUGAGACCAGGAUAUCAUGGAGUCAAGACAGUCGUCGCUCUCACUUCUUCACAUCCUUUGAUUUCGAAGUUCAGAUCAAAGAGAAAAAACAGACGUGGAACGAGGCCAGAACUUUGUACACACAAGAAGAAGAGCUUAGGAUAUCUGCUUUGAAACUAAAGGGUCACCACGAGGUCAGGGUGCGAGUCAAACCCACUGAACCAGCCAUUUGCCACUGGAGCAACUGGAGUCCAACAACAGCCUGGGUGGGAGCGACAGACAUGGUGGAAACAUCACAGGAUCAUGACUGGCUUCUGUUUUGGACAUCAUUGGUAAUAUGCGGAGUGAUGUUGAGCUUGGGUCUCAUCACUGUAAUGCUGGUCGUUUACAGGAGUUGUUCAAGCAGGGGGCUCCUCAAAGGGAAGCCAGUACCAAACCCUUCAAAAUACUUCCACUCUGUCCACGGAGGAAAUCUAAAGAAAUGGCUGAAGCCUCUGCCAGCUUCUGAGUCGUUCUUCGUGGCCCAGCCAUGCGACCGCAUCUCCCCGGUUGAGUUGUGCGAAAGCUGGGAUGUGGUCCCCUCCACCUCUCCCUCCUCCAGCACCACCAGCGCCCUGCUUCACUUCAGGAGCUACCCCUCGGCUAGCUCAGCCACCAGCAGGGAUGUUGACCAUUCCUCCUACUCUUCAUCCUGCUUUUCUAACAAGGGCUACUUCAUGUCCACCUCCUCCGGGAGCUCAGCUCGAUCUGACCCCAAUCCUGCCUACUUCACCUAUCAUGAUGAUUUCUACAAUCUGCACAACAGCCACAACCUUCACGUCUCCCUCUGCCCUUCGUUGGACACCUCUCAGACCUAUGAGAGCUUGAAGAGGGAGCCGCAGAGCCCAGACUCUGGCUUUGGCCUCGGAAAGGAAGAUGAAGAAGGCGAGGACGAUAAAAUGGUCGUGGAUGUGGAAGGGAAAGAGGUUUCGAACGAUCACCAUAGCCCUCCUCUUUUCAUUCUCCCUUUCCAUCUUCCUUCCCGGAUGUGCCCCCCCUCCUCUGCUCCACCCCCUCCUAACGCUCCCAGUUUAACUCCGAUACCCUCUGAUAGCGAACAGGAAGAUGUACCUUUGGUGGCUAGUAGUGGCAGCUACGCCGCCUGGCCUAUGGCUGAUGCCAUGUGCAGGUCUUCCUCCAUGCCUGUGGAGCCCUGUAAAACAGGGUAUCUGACCCUCAAAGAGCUCCAGACAACAUUCAGCAAUAAAUCAAUCUAAAAACGUACCUGGAAUAAUCCCCGUGCGAUCAUUUUAAAAUGGAAUGUGUUUGCAUCACUAGCGACCCGACUGUUUAUUCUAAUCUGAUUGCGAAAGUGAGUAUCUCUGACUCAAGAGCGUUUUGACAAAGAAAAAGAAAUGCAUUCAUGCAAAUUCAAUGAUUUUCAUGCUUCAAACCUGCAGUGAUUCGUCAGUUGGUCACAUGGGGGCAGCAGAACAAGACUGAGCUAUAUUAGCAUUCCUUUUGAGUCGUGUUUCUGGCCACUUGAUUAAUGUAAAUCCGAUAUUAAUUCUCUUUUUUGUUGCAUUUUUGCUGAAAAAAACAAACAAAGUUAAUAAGAGCGGUGAGAGUGAACCAAAACAGUAAAGUUGUGGAGCGGGAAAUCUGCAGGGUCGGGUGGUAAUUCAGUGCUGGUACAACGCAAUAAAGGACCCCUUUCACAUUACACAUGGUCUUUUGAUCAAGAAAAAAAUGAUUGGAGCAGCUUUUAAAUGAACUUAUACAAACUGACAUUGUUCUGUCAUUGUUGCUAUAUUCACUCCAAAUCAACAUUUGAUUGACUUUGCUUACUAAGAACAAUAGUUGUACAGGAAUUUGUCUUCAUGAGAUUGGUGUAAAUGAAGAAGUUCCGAGGGACGGUCAGGCACAGAAGGUUCAAGAACAACCUGACUUUAAAAGAACAACGUGGCUUUGAAGCCAAUGUGAAGGGAUAGAGCCAGACAUAUGAAGGUGAGUAAAAAUCAACCAGUUGGGCGCCUGGGUAGCUCACCUGGUAGUGCAUGCGCCCAUAUACAGUACAGAGGCUCAGUCCUUGGCGUGGCAGCCGCAGGUUCGAUAUGGACCUGUGGCCCUUUACUGCAUGUCAUUCGCCCUCUCUCUACGCUUUCAUAUCUAAGCUGUCCUGUAAAGUAAAAAAAUAAGGCCUAAAAUGCCAAAAGAAAUAAUCUUAAAAAAAAAGAAAUCUACCAAUUGUGUAUACUGUUGCAGAAUGGUGUACGGUACCUAAUUGUUGACUAUACGUUGAAAGUUUUUUUCAAUUGGCUUUAUUUGCAUUAGUGUUUAAAUACAUAUUAAACAUUGCACGAAGCAGAGCGUGAAAGUAGACAUUACUUUAAACUAAAUGCUACUGUCUGUUAUUAAUGACUGACACAGUUUUGUUGUUUGCUUUUUAUUACUUUAACUUAAAUCUUACUUUAGACAUUACAUUGUAAGAGCUCUUUAAAUCUACUAAUAUUAUCGCAAAAUAAAAAAUUCUUCAUUCCUGCAGGCAGAUCUGGGAUUUUUUUUAAGCAGUGAAACGUGAUUUAAAUGUGUUUUGAUUAUGUAAAUAAAUAAUAAAAAUAAAUUACUUUUAAUAAAGAAUGUAUGAGCAUCCCUUUAGAGUCGCAUCGUGCAAAAAGAUAUAUUUGUAGAAUAUGACAUCUGUAAUGGUUCGCAUGACUCAAGCUGUUGAAUACAUUAAAUUAAUAGAUUUUAGUCUGUACUGAUCUACUGUCAAAAUGAAAGGCAGCUGGUUUGUCAUUUGUUUGUACAUCUUUAUAAAGGAUUUCAUGCUGUUUAAGAUAUCAAAUCAACUCCUAAUUAAUCAUCAUUAAUCAUGUUUCCACCUGGUAAAGUUUACUAUCUACAAUAAAAAAAAAAAUCUUUGUGUAAACAAGCAUUGGUAUCAUAUUUAUUAGAUUGCUAUUUCUAGAUUCAUGUAACUCAUUGAGGUCAGUGGUAAAUGCUGCUGCUCUUGUCGCCACACAUGCAGUUUAUUUCCGUUGCACUCAGUGACAUCUGCGCAGAGACCAAACAAAAUAAAACUUCUGGUAAA